UGUCAGUGUGCCGGUACUAAGUGCUCUCAUUUAACAUUAGUGUGCGUUGCUCACGAACACAGCCCCGGACGUCAAGUAUCAGUGUCAUAGACUCGUAACGGCCAUGUGGUUGUUGCGUAUCCGCAUAUGGCAUGAAGUAGUACGAGGAUACUAUAGCACUCCCACGUUUGAUGUGCCUAAUGAGUCGCACCUUCUGUACUCGGCCAACGGAGUACUGGUAGUACAACUAAUGGCGGCGCAGGCGGGUGUCACCCGAGGCGCGAGUGAGCACUUGUCACGUCAAGUUAGAGCUGUGUCGUCCACGGCGUGAGGAUCCUGCGGCUGGCAUAUUCCCAUUGACGUGUCCGAUUAAUGUGCAUAGUCGGGUAAUGAACAUUGUCAUUUGAGCCGUA